GAGCUGCAUCGGAGCGUGAGAACACGCCAUAAUAGUAUAACACUUUAGCAUAGUAGAACACGUACUUUAGAGACAGUCGUGUACAAGCAUCGAAGCGAAUAGAACGAAUAAAAGAAGCAUUAUAUGGUUACCGAUUAAAACAAGUAUUUUAUUUAGAGCAUAAAGGGAGGUUGUUACAUUGGCGACGAGAAUUGAAUCGUGUUUCAUUGCAGGCAUUGCAUCAGCAAAGUGGUGAAUUUUUGCAAGCCGUCAGCUAUUUGUAUAACAGGCAAGACAUAAUAGAUAUAACUACAUUAUUUUCAACACACCAGCGCGUGAAAAGCAAAGAACGAUUGAAUACAAUUACUUGCUGCUUCGUGGUGAAAAGUAGUAUAUGAGUGAAACUGAGGCUCUGGCGAAAUUACACACAUCUACAUGCGUAUGUUAGUUAACUCGUUGCUAAGUCAAUAAUUGUAAUGUACCAGAACGAAGGAAGCAGUGCACAAAACGAAACGUCAAAGCUAUAAAUAGGUUAAGGUGGCCAUUCAAUUGGUAGAGACACAUUCAUAUUAAACUGCUACUAAAGCAGCGCAUUAAAUUGGGCUUGUCGACUUAUUAAAGAUUUGUACCAUUUAAUUGGUAAAACACAUAAACAUUAGAGUGCUACUAAGUGUGCACAUUUAAUUGUGCUUGCUGUCGGACCAUUCAAUUGGCUAAAGCGAAAAGCAAGGUAAAACUGUGGAAGACAGUUUGUUAUAUUUUCAAGCUAAAAUGACUGAGUUUAAGCCAUUCUUAUGCGACAACAUAGACAAAUCUCUAUUACGUAAUGAGUGGGAAAAAUGGUUCCGUUCCUUGUCUUUAUUCCUUCAGUCCGAAGAAAUAAGUGACGCUGUUAAACAAAGGAAUAAGCUGAUGCAUUUAGGAGGGCCCCAAUUACAACAGGUUAUAUUUAACAUCCCCGGCGCUCUUGUAGAAAUCUACGAAGAAAACAAAAAUGAUGUGUUCAAUAUUUUGGUAGAAAAAUUUAACAAUUUCUUUUCACCCAAGCGUAACUCUACAUUUGAAAGGCAUUUAUUCAGGAGCCUCUGUCCAUCGGAAGGGGAAGAUUUUAAUAAGUUUUUGCUACGACUAAGACAUCAAGUGUCCAAAUGUGAUUUUGGAUCAACAAAGAACGAAAUGGAAAAUAAUUGUUUGAAAGACAAAUUAAUUGAUUCUUGGGCACCUGUCGAGCUUAAGAAAAGACUUCUUGAAAAGGAACAAAGUUUAGACGAAGUUAUCGGAGCGUGUCAGGUCUACGAACAAAUUAAUAAGCAGUCCCAGAGUAUGUUUCCAAAGUCCGACUGCGAGGCGGUCAGCAAAAUUUCGUCAAGACAGCAGAUAAGGGAUAACUGCAAGAAAUGUGGAAGAUGUGGCAAAUCGGGGCACAUACACUCCGAUGCAAGCUGCCCGGCGCGAAAGUCCAAAUGCAAUAUAUGCGGUCUAAUAGGUCAUUGUGCCCGCAAGUGUAAGACAAAGGGUCAGAAGCGUAAAUCUGGUGAAUAUGAACGGGGCAGUCCGAAAAAGCGACGUUUUCAUUAUUCUAAUAUUAAUUACAUUGCCGAACAAGGAAGAAAUAUGGAGGAUAAGUCGUGCAGCCAUGGGUGUUUUAAAGUAAAUUGUAUUGGUUCAGGAGAUGAGAUAAUUGAAUGCCGUAUUGGGGGACAUACCGUUUCAAUGAUUAUUGAUUCGGGAUCACGUUUUAACCUCCUGAGCCAAAGACAGUGGGUUGAAUUGCAGAAUAACAAGGCAGUUUUAUUCAAUGUCCGAAGGCAGUCAACAAAUCAAUUCAAAGCUUAUGCAGCAACUCAGAUCCUAAAAGUUCUUUUUGUUUUUGAAGCACCCAUAACAGUUGAAGGCAAUAAAGAAGUAAUUGCUACAUUUUAUUUAAUUGAAAACGCUAACCAAUCCCUUCUGGGUCGUGAGACAGCAAUCAAGCUUCAUGUUCUAAAACUAGGUCGAGGCGUGAAUAAUGUUGAUACCGAAACCCCAUUUCCAAAAAUUAGAAAUAUUGAGAUAAAGUUAUCAUUGAACCUUUCGGUAAAGCCAAUUCAACAGCCUAUGCGGCGGAUACCGAUCGUAAUUGAGGAGAAAGUUGAGCAGAAGAUAAAUGAAGCACUCGCUCAAGACAUUAUUGAACCGGUGCUUGGGCCAAGCUCGUGGAUCUCCCCUAUUGUAGCCGUCUUUAAAGAUAAUGGGGAAAUUCGUUUAUGUGUUGAUAUGCGUAGAGCAAACCAGGCGGUGCUUAGGGAAAAUUAUCCAUUGCCAACUUUCGACAACUUUAUGACCAAGUUGAGGGGAGCUAAGUUGUUCUCGAGACUUGAUUUGAAAUGGGCGUACCAUCAGCUCGAAUUGGAUGAAUCGAGUAGAGAAAUCACUACAUUCAUAACGCAUAAGGGAGUUUUCCGUUACAAAAGGCUGAUGUUUGGUAUCAACUCCGCUCCGGAGAUUUUUCAACGGGUACUAGAAGAAUUACUAUCUCCAUGUAAGAAUUGUUUAAACUACAUCGAUGAUGUCAUUAUUUUUGGUAUCACGGAAAAAGAUCACAAUGAAGCUUUGGAGAAGGUCCUGGAAGUUUUUAAAAAGAAUAAUUUUUUACUUAACUAUGAUAAGUGCGUAUGGCGGGUUAAAAAGUUAAAGUUCCUUGGGCACAUUUUGUCUGAUGAUGGAAUAGCUCCAGAUCCAGGAAAGAUCGACACGAUUAGUAAUUUUCGAGCACCGGAAAGUAAAGAAGAGAUUAGGAGUUUCCUUAGCCUGGUUACGUAUGUUAGUAAAUUUAUUCCGGAUAUGGCAAAUAUUACUGAACCAUUGAGAAGCAUAUUAAAGAAAGGCUCUAAGUUUACGUGGGGCCCGGCUCAACAAAAUUCUUUCAAAAAAUUAAAGGUACUACUGUCGGACAUACCAAAGCUGUCAUAUUUCAAUCCCAAGCACAAAACCCGACUGAUAGCGGAUGCGAGUCCUGUGGCCUUAGGAGCAGUUCUCGUUCAAUUCAAUCCGAGUGGCGAUCCACAAAUAAUUUCAUAUAGCAGUAAAAGCCUUUUAGAUGUGGAAAAAAGGUAUUCCCAAACAGAAAAAGAAAGUUUGGCUCUCGUGUGGGUGGUGGAGAGAUUCUUUUAUUAUUUAGCCGGUUUAGAGUUUGAAUUGGUCACUGACCAUAAACCAUUGGAAGCUAUUUUCAAACCCACAUCUAAUCCGCCCGCAAGAAUAGAAAGGUGGCUACUGAGGCUGCAAUCUUAUAAGUUUAAGGUAAUAUAUCGUUCAGGAAAAGAAAAUAUCGCAGAUUCAGUCUCGAGGCUAUGCAAAAUUGAAAGUACAGGCAAUUUUGAUGACAAUGGAGAACAAAAUAUUUUUCAAAUUAUUUCGCAUUCCACUCCAUCUUCUCUCACUAUCUCCGAAAUUGCAAAAAAGAGUGCCCAAGAUGAAGAAAUAAGAGUUGUGGCCGUAGAUGAUAUAUUACUACGUGGAACUCGCAUCGUCAUGCCAAAGGCUCUUCGCCCCAGGCUAUUGGAGUUAGCACAUGAAGGGCAUCCGGGCGAAUCAGCAAUGAAAAGGAGGAUAAGGACAAAAGUUUAGUAGCCACUGGUUGACAGGGAGGUUAAGACGUAUGUAAAGAAUUGCUGGGAUUGUUUGUUGGUUUCACAGCCGAAUAAUCCGACUCCUAUGAAAAGACACGCAUUCCCGAAUGGCCCUUGGCAGUGUGCGGCCACGGACCUGCUAGGCCCAUUGCCAAAUAAUGACUAUAUAUUUGUACUAAUCGAUUACUAUUCCCGUUACCAAGAAAUCAAGUUCUUGAAAAGAAUUACAACUCAAACAAUUAUUACUGCCUUGAACGAAAUAUUUUGUCGAUUGGGUAUACCAAAAUCCAUUAGAGCAGAUAAUGGCAGGCAAUAUGUGAGCUGCGAGUUUAGACAAUUCUGCAAAGACAAUAAUAUCACUUUAAUAACGACUCCACCAUAUUGGCCACAAUCCAAUGGAGAGGUGGAAAAUAUGAACCGAUCUUUGGUCAAGCGUUUAAAAAUUGCUCAUAACAAUAGACGGGAUUAUAUAAAAGAGAUUCAAAGCUUCAUUUUAAUGUACAAUGUGACUUCUCACGGCACUACUGGGUCACCGCCGUCUCAAUUGAUGUUCAAUCGAGUGAUUCGUGAUAAGAUUCCUGGAAUUGAAGAUAUAACAGAAGACAUGUUAGAUUCUGCUGCUAGAGAUAUAGAUACUAUCAACAAACAAAAAGGAAAGGAAAGGGGUGAUAGAAAGAGAAGAACAACGAUUACUGAUAUUGCACCGGGAGAUAAGGUUUUACUGCGUAAUGUGGUUUUCCCGCAUAAGCUUACAACAACUUUUGAUACGACUGAGUACGAAGUUAUCGAAAGGAACGGAAAUGAAGUCACCGUAGCUAGCGGAGGGAAGACAUUCCGAAGGAACAUCAGCCACGUUAAGAAAUUGCCAUCCUCCUUUCCAGACAACAGAGUAACCGAUUCCUCGGCAUCAUCUUCAACAACUCCACAGAGCGCUAAUACUCCAGCAGAA